UCCUUACUAACUUAGCCAGUUAGCCGUUAUUUAUUCUUUUGCCUUUUGUGUGUUGUCUGAGAAAAAAAGGAAAGGAAGAAAAUGACUCCGUCGUCGCCGCCGCCGUUGCCGUCGGCUGUUUUUAUUUGUAUAAGCUUUUUGGCGCUGGUGAUUUCACCGUCGGCUGCUCUCACUUGCAGUUCCCAGAAGUUUACCGAAAACCAAGUGUAUUCCAACUGCCUGGACCUCCCUUAUCUUUCCUCUUACCUUCACUUCUCUUACAAUUCUUCCAACACCACUCUCUCCAUCGCCUUCAUCGCCACACCUUCCAAAUCGGGUGGUUGGAUCGCAUGGGCCAUAAAUCCAAAGGCCACCGGCAUGGCGGGUUCACAAUCCCUCGUCGGCUACAAGAACUCCACCACCGGCUCCGCCCAGGUUCAUACCUUUGACGUCAGCUCCUACAGUUCAAUUGUUGCCAAGGAUCUGUCCUUCGAGGUCUGGGAUAAGACGGCCGAGAGUAGAAGUGACGGGAGUUUGGCGAUUUUCGCUAAAAUUAAGGUUCCGGCGGAUUUAGCGGCGAGUGGGAAGAUUAAUCAGGUUUGGCAAGUGGGUCCCAGCGUCGGAACCGAUGGCAGGUUGGUGCCACAUGUCUACGCUGGUAAUAAUUUGCAAUCUAAAGGAACCUUGGAUUUGAAAAGUGGACAGAGUAGCACUAGUUCUGGAGGAGACGACAGGCUCAAGAAGAAAAAUAUUCAUGGGAUUUUGAAUGCUGUGAGUUGGGGAAUAUUGUUUCCACUUGGGGCCAUGAUUGCACGCUACAUAAGAACCUUUGAAUCUGCAGAUCCAGCCUGGUUUUAUCUCCACGCCUUCUGUCAAGUAUCAGCUUAUGCCAUAGGAGUUGCUGGCUGGGGAACUGGUCUUAAGCUCGGAAGUGAAUCCCCAGGCAUCACAUAUUCCACUCACAGAAAUAUUGGAAUUGCCCUUUUCGUUCUUGCUACUGUGCAGAUUUUUGCCUUGUUUAUAAGGCCCAAGAAAGAUCACAAGUAUAGAUUCUACUGGAAUGUUUACCACCACAGCUUUGGAUACGCCAUCCUUAUCCUUGGCAUCUUCAAUGUAUUCAAGGGUAUCAAUAUCUUGAAACCUGAAGACAAAUGGAAAACAGCUUAUAUGAUUGUGAUUAUUGCCUUGGGUGGUAUUUCAUUGCUGUUGGAAGCCAUUACUUGGGUUGUCGUUUUGAAGAGAAAAUCUAGAAAGUCCACCAAACCUUACGACGGAUACAACAAUGGCCAAAGUUGAUGGCAUCAGCAAGCCUCCAAUUGCAGAUUUUGUAACACCCUUGUCCUUUCUUAUCCUUGUUGGGAUGUUCUAUUUCCUAUUUUCAGUCUCUUGUAUAAUUGCUUGGUUCCAAAUGUUGGUUUUUUUUAGCACUCGAUCCUUAGUACAUGUUAUAUAGUUGUAGUAUACCACUGAGUAUUUCUGCCA